CCCGGCAGGGAGCUCCGCACCUGCCUGCCGCUGCGCGGGAACCGCUUGGCGCGGCGAGACUCCGCCUAGCUCACUGCUAUGGACAGUGCAAUCACAUUGUGGCAGUUCCUUUUGCAACUCCUCCAAGAGCCUCGGAACAAGGAAAUCAUCUGCUGGACCUCCAAUGACGGAGAAUUCAAACUUCUGCAGGCAGAAGAGGUAGCCCGCCUCUGGGGGAUUCGUAAGAACAAGCCUAGCAUGAACUAUGACAAACUCAGUCGGGCACUUAGAUACUAUUAUGUGAAGAACAUCAUCAAAAAAGUUAAUGGUCAGAAGUUUGUUUACAAAUUUGUGUCUUAUCCAGAUAUUCUGAACAUGGAUCCGUUAGCAGUUGGCAGGACUGAGGGUGAUGCGGAAUUGCAGGCUGGCUUGGCAGAUGCCAGUAAUGCGCCAAAGGACACAGAGAACUGCGGGAAAGAGAAGCCUCAGUUCUGUGCAAAGUCCUCCAGCCGCAAUGAUUAUAUCCACUCAGGCCUAUAUUCAUCAUUUACGUUGAACUCCCUGAACGCGUCCUCUUGCGUAAAACUCUUUAGACCAAUCAAGAUGGAGAACCCCACAGAAAAACUGGCAGAGAAAAAAACUCAGGAUCCGACUCCCUCAGUCAUAAGAUUUGUGACUGUGUCCUCCAAAAAGCCUUCAGCCUCUCCCCUUGCGUCUGCUAGUCAGCUGGCUUCUACCACGUCAGCAGCGUCUCCCCUUCCUUCAGGUUCAGAUGAAACUCUCCAAGCCUUGGAGUCUUUAGUGACGCCCAAAGUAACUCCAGCUUCAGCCUCCUUGCUAAGUUUAACUACCAACUUCACACCGAUGUCACUCGCAUCCUCCACUUCUCCGUCUCUGCAGGCUCCCACGAAGUCACCUUUAAGUUCCGAUUCUGAUCUGAUUAUAGACACGGAGAUAGAGUCGGUGGCUUGCCAGCAGCUGGGACACUCUCAGAUCCAUGCUCUGGAGUCCAAAGAACAGAGUUCAUCAGCGCUAGAGAAAGAGUUGCGUCACAGCCGAACUAGAAAGCCCAAAGGGCUGGAAAUAGCACCCACUCUGGUCAUUACUGGCAGUGACCCAAGUCCACUGGGGAUACUGAGCCCUUCUCUCCCAACCGCUUCUCUUACACCAGCAUUUUUUUCACAGACACCUAUUUUGCUGACCCCAAGCCCCUUGCUGUCCAGUAUCCAUUUCUGGAGCACGCUCAGCCCAGUUGCUCCCCUCAGUCCGGCAAGAUUGCAAGGUGCUAACACCCUUUUCCAGUUUCCAUCGGUGCUGAACGCUCAUGGACCAUUUACUCUGUCAGGAAUGGAUGGGCCCUCUACUCCUGGGCCUUUCUCCCCAGACUUACAGAAGACAUAGUAUGGGAUUAUGGGAAAAGAACAGUUUGGGAAUCAAG